AGUUAACGCCCAGGACAAAGUAAAAACACAUUAUUUAUGAGGAUUUUGUACGUGAUCCUGAAGGGGACAGUACGAAGACACCUUGCUUUUGUGUGUUCUAUGGCAAUAACCUAUCCACCGGAAUCGCCUUUUGGACCUAUUAUAUCUUCAAUUCCAUUAGAUUCCACCUAAUAUCUAUCCAGGAAGCAAAGUAAUUUGAGGUGGAACGAUUAAAAUACCCAAAUGCUUGAAGCUUGAAUGGUUGUUUAUUCAUGUUUAAUUCUAAAGCCUUUACACAACAAGUGCAAACAAAUACAACCUCUUCCGAACCUCGAAGUUCCAGUAGGCCCACAAAUCUGGUGUCUGCAUUGUUCUUUCUCAUCUCAUGGCGUCCAUUUUUUCUCCUUUCCGAAGAGGAUACAGGCAUCUACAAUAUCUCGCACAUGAACAGCCAGUCAUCUUUUACUCUUGCGUCAUCGGGCUCGCAGGACCAGUGCUUGCUCUGACUGUACCCGCAGUCAGAAGGAAUUGGCUCGGAUACACUCCCGCGGAGCCCAUACCUACCUCAUAUCCUUUGCCGAAACGGCCGAGAAAGCCUGUACAAGGCUAUGAGGACGAGUAGAGUAAUUGAUGGUUGGGAUAGAAUCAUAGAUAGUUCAUAAAAGUCGUUUCAUUAUACC